UCCAGCUCAAACUUUGUUAUACUUUCCUUUAAAAAAAGCAAAUCCCAGGGUUCUCCUGUUGGGAAGAGGCUAAUAUGGAAGGAAAUUAGAGACUUAGGUCAAUUUAUGGGAGCGGGAGGGAGAUUUAGGCAAUACAAUAGAGAUGUUUAUUGCCCAUUUAUUGAGUUUUUUAAUUUUGGGUAUAAAAAAUUAUAAAAUUUGAUAAUUACACGAAUUAUUUGGACAAGCUUUGAACUAAAAUUUUUUUAAUAAAAAAAUUAUAAUACAAUUCAGUUACAUAAUCAGUAGAUGUGUGAAUAAUAUAUAAAAAGACAUUUUGAAUAAUUUAAUUUAAUGGAACAAAUGUAGGCAAAAGUGGUUUUAACAAUUAUUAGCUGCAAAGUGAGAGCCGCUGACAACACAGCAUCUCCUUGGUUUAUCAUUUCAUUUCUCUCUCUUUCCCCUCUCUCUUAAUCAUCAUCAUCCUCAUAUUCCUCAUCUCCAUUCAUUUCUCUCUCUCUCUUUCCAUCCUUUACUUUCUCUUUUGUUCUGUCUAAAUUUUUGCAGAGAGCAGCUGCAGUCCAUGCUUAUGCUCCUAUUCUCUUUCUUCUUUACUGCUGUCCCCCUCUCUCUGUCUUCUUUUUCUUUUCCAUUAGUAGUAUCAUUUGCCCAUCAAAAUUAAAAAAAAAAAAAACAAAAUUUACUUAUAAAGAAGGAGAAAAGAAAGGUAUAGAAUAAAAAUCUAUCAAAGGGGCAGCACUUACUCGUAGGAAUACUCUUUCUGUCUUUCAAUUUUUCCAGUCGUCUACUCUCUCUCUCUCUAUCCUAUUCCCUUAUUUUUUUUUAUUGGUUUAAGAAAUUCUUCAAUUGUAUUUAACAUUACCCCAUCUUUCUCUUAACUUUCUCUUCUACUGUUUAGUUUCCCUUGUCGUUUCAAUUAGGCCCAAUUUUUUUUUUUUUGUUUAACAUCGCCAUCAAGGCAAAAAAGCAGCAGCUCCCCCUCUCGGCAUCUCAACUGUGUGGGGGAGGGAGGAGAGGGGCAAUACGCACAAUUCAACUGAAUUAUAGUAUCACUGAUGAGAAGAAGAAGAUAGAUCUUUAUGCAUCAUUAAUAAAAGAUUCCUGCUUUGCCAACUAUCGUCGACAUCAGUGAGGGAAAAGUAAAAUCAACAAAAUUAGAGGAGAUGCAGCAAGGAGGUGGAGGAGGAGGAGGGCAUCAAUUUCAAUACAGGGAGAUGGGUGCUCCAGCAACGGGUGCAGUGGGCAGCAGCCACAUGGUAAGCGAGCAGUCGGAGCAGUUAGUGGAAGAGGCAUCGCCUAUAAGCAGUAGACCGCCUGCCACUGGGAACUUGGAUGAAUUCAUGAGGUUAGUAAGUGGCGGCGGAGGUGAGGUAGGAGAUGAAGGGGAUCAACCUGAAGGCGGAGGAGUAGCUGGAGUUGCAAGUGGCAAUAGGUGGCCCCGUCAAGAGACUCUUGCUCUUCUCAAGAUUAGGUCAGAUAUGGAUGCUACUUUCCGUGAUGCCACCGUCAAGGGCCCUCUUUGGGAAGAUGUUUCCAGGAAGCUAGCGGAACUGGGUUACAAAAGGAGUGCCAAAAAGUGCAAGGAAAAAUUCGAGAACGUCCACAAGUAUUACAAGCGAACAAAAGAAGGGCGAGCUGGGCGUCAAGAUGGUAAGAGUUACAAGUUUUUCAGCCAGCUAGAGGCCCUUCAUACACCUUCUGCCACUGCUGCUGUCAACGUGUCAACAUCCGUGACACCUGUCACUGCCGCUACCUCCACUAGCCUGGACGUAGCUCCCGUUUCGAUUGGGAUCCCUAUGCCCAUCUCUUCUGCCAGAAUUCCACCUACAACAGCUAUCCCAGUGCCAGUGCCAGAGCCGGCGCCAGCACCUCCUAUCACCACUUCAGCAGCUUCAUUUGGAAUCUGCUUCUCUUCUAAUAGCUCUUCCUCUUCUCAAGGCUUUGAAGACGAUGAUGACGACAAAGAUGAACUUGGAGGAGAACCGUCGAGCAUGGCUGGCACUAGCCGUAAACGUAAAAGGCAGUCGUCAGGAGGGGGCGGUAAUACCAACAGGAGGAUGAUGGAGUUCUUCGAGGGUCUAAUGAAACAGGUCAUGCAGAAACAAGAAGCCAUGCAGCAGCGGUUUUUAGAAGCCAUAGAGAAGAGAGAGCAAGAUAGGAUGAUACGAGAAGAAGCUUGGAAAAGACAAGAGAUGGCAAGAUUAACUAGCGAACAUGAGCUUAUGGCUCAAGAACGUGCCAUUGCUGCUUCAAGAGAUGCUGCUAUUAUUUCUUUUUUGCAGAAGAUUACUGGUCAGACUAUACAGUUACCCACAACUGUCACGGUCCCAACUGCUCCACUUCCACCGACACAACAGGCCGUGCCAGUUGUUCCUCCACCAGCUCCACCAUUGCAUCAGCCACCGUCAUUACCACAACAACAGCGUAACUCGCAACAGCAGCAACAGUCACACUCGCACCAACAUCAACAGCAGCCACAAGUUGUUCACCAGCAGCAGCAUCAAACUCAAAAUACUGAAGUUUCGAGGCAUCAUCAACAGCCUGUAUCUUCAGAAGAAGUAAUGGUUAUCCGCGAGCAACAGGGCCCACCACAGGAGAUUGGUGGGAGUGGGAGUGGGAGCUUGGAGCCUGCCUCGUCUAGAUGGCCUAAAGCUGAAGUUCUUGCACUUAUAGACCUGAGGAGUGGGCUCGAAUCCAGAUACCAAGAGGUUGGGCCCAAGGGCCCCCUUUGGGAAGAAAUCUCCGCUGGUAUGAUCAGGAUGGGGUACAAGAGAAGCGCCAAACGGUGCAAGGAAAAAUGGGAGAACAUCAACAAGUACUUCAAAAAGGUCAAAGAAAGUAAAAAGAAACGUCCCGAGGAUGCCAAAACCUGUCCUUAUUUUUACCAACUCGAUGCCCUUCACCGUAGGAAAUUACUUGGUAGCGGUGGUUCCAGCAGCUUUAGUGACCAGAAUAGGCCUGAAGAAGAAACGUCACGGCAGCAUCAAGAUACAAGUGACGCCCCACAAAUCACGACAGCGCCGCAAUUGACGCAGCCUACUGAUCAGUCUGAAAGCAAAACUGGAGCUACUGCUGAUGUGCUGACAAGCCAAGAAUGUUUACCUGGGAGUCUCUUUGGAGAAGGAAAUGGUGGAGCCUCAAAAAAGCCAGAAGACAUUGUGAGAGAGCUGACUGAGGAGCAGGGGAUGCACCAGAAACAACAACAUCAAGGACAAUCCUUGUUGGUGGAUGGCUAUGAUAAGAUUGAUGAACAUGAUAGUGAUAAUAUGGAUCAUGAGGAAGAUGAAGACGAGGAUGAAGAUGAUGACGAAUUGGAAGAAGGGCGAAGUAUGGCUUAUAAGAUAGAAUUCCAAAGACAGAAUACAAGCAGUACUCCCAAUGGAGGAGGGAAAGGGGCACCCUCCUUUUUGGCCAUGGUUCAAUAACCUUGGCAGCUCCAUCACUAAAAAUGUACCAUAUGUACCUAUGUGUGCAGAAGCUCAACAAAUUAAAUACCUAACAAUUUGAGAUGAAACUCUUCUAGGAUAAAAAAUUCCUUAUUUCUUCGUUUUGUAUCUUCUCCUAUUUCCACUUCUUAGUCCUUACCUUAGCCGCCCUUUCAACCUCCAAUAAUUCAGUAUCAUCUUCUUCAUAAUCCUCAUUCUUCAUAUUCUUCUUCAAAAUAGCUUCGCUGAUACUGAAAGUCGUCCGAAACAAACUCUUGGAUGACAGUCCCCACUUGCAUUUACAUCACUUCUUUUCAAUUUAUUGAUUUGUUGGUGAAUAAGGGAUUCCCGUUCCAAAGGAAAAGGGGAAGAGAGAUUGAAUUGAGACAGAGGAAAUAAGCUUGGGUUAUACCAGCAGCAGAGCGAAAGGACACAAAGAAGACAAACAAAGCAUAAAAGACAGGAAGAGAGUGCAAGACAUGGAGCAAUGGAGUAUAUUGAGCGUAUAUGUUGUAACUAGGAGAAGCAGAUGUUUUAUGUGUCAAAUUUUUACAAUCAGUUUUUCUUUUUUUUUUUUUUUUGCCUUCUCUCUGACUUGCUUGGUUCAAUUUAAGGAAUGAAAGAAUAUCAGUUCCAGGGUUACUGACUUGUUCAA